UAGUUUUGUUUUUUUACUUUCUAAAGAACAGAUAUAAAAGCUUUUUAUUUCCGUCGAACGAAGUCUAAUUAUAUUCUUCCACUUUCUAAAGAUCUUCAGAGAAAAAAAAAAUCACGAUGUCGGCCGAAUCAGCCAGCGAGAUUCCGAAAGGACAGGUUGAUCUGUUAGAUUUCAUGGACUGGUCUGGUGUUCAAUGCCUCAACCAAAGCUCAACUCACUCUUUGCCCAACGCUCUCAAGCAGGGGUAUAGAGAAGAUGCAGGUUUGAACUUAGAGAGUGAUGCUGAUGAGCAACUCCUAAUCUAUAUUCCUUUCAACCAAGUUAUCAAACUACAUUCCUUUGCUAUCAAAGGCCCUGAAGACGAUGGUCCUAAAACAGUGAAGUUUUUCUCAAACAAAGAGCACAUGUGCUUCAGCAAUGUCAAUGAUUUUCCUCCAAGUGACACCGCUGAACUAACUGAAGAAAACCUCAAGGGAAAACCAGUGGUCCUUAAAUAUGUAAAGUUUCAGAACGUUCGUAGCUUGACGAUCUUCAUUGAAGACAACCAAUCAGGUUCUGAGGUCACAAAGGUCCAGAAGAUCGCUCUCUACGGUUCAACGGUGGAGACUACUGAUAUGAAGGGUUUGAAAAAGAUUGAAGAUCACUGAGCAAACCAAAAGGGGUUAUAAUGAUAAUAUGAUUGUUUUCACUUUGGUUUCUAGUCUUCUGUUACUGGUUUCUUUUCUUCUUCACUUACUUUUUCAAGUUUUUUUAAAAAAUUGGAAUGGACUUAAAACUUUCCAUUGUCUAUUGUUACCAGUGCGAAACGAAUUCUAAGCUGAAUAAACAUUAUUUCCAGUUA